UGCCUCCAUGGUGUUAUCAUAUUAUUUUAUUAUUAGCUAAUUUCGAGAGCUUUAUUUCAUAUGUAAUUCAAGAAGAAAAUUAUGGUAGAUUAAAAUAACCAUAUAUAAUUAUUAUUCCAUGAUUAUAUUUGAAUUAAAAUUUAUAAUAAUUCGUUCAUAUUGUGAUUUUUUUUUACUAAAAACAGAGAGACUCGAAUUUGCGAUUUCUAAGUGAGUAGAGAGACUAUGCCAUUUGAGUUAUAGCUCGUUGGCUCGUGAUUGUAUCUACGUUGAAGAAGAAAAGAAAUUAUUCCAUAUAUUACUAUAAAUUUUAAUUCAAAUAUUUAUUUUUUCUAAGAAAGAUCCACUAAAGAUUGAUUUGUUUAACUGAAUGAAAAAAUCAAAAAGCUAAUUUUAUAAUAAGUUUUUUUCUAAGGACUAAAAUAUUCAACUAAAAAAUUUUUAGAAAUUGAUUCAAUUAAUGUAUUACUCUAAAGUCUAAACUAUGAAUGUAGGGUAGAUAUGUUUCAAAUCUAUUUUGAAAAAAAAAAUCAUAGGAACCAGAAUAUAAUUUGUUAUAAUUUACUUUUGUUUUUCAAUUAAAAAUUGAUAUAAAGACUAGAGAGUAAAAACCCUAGCAGAGAAAGAGUACGUACUCCGUACUCAAGGAGAAUGAGAGAAGGAGAGAGCGUGGGCGAACGGUUGAGGGUGAAACACAGUGAGGAAGAUGGCCAUGCCAUCGGGAAGAGAUAAGGGGGAGAGCGUGGGUGGGUGUGUAUCCGGUGUUAAGGAGGGUUCUUCUCGAGAGGGGUUAGAAAAGCCAUCCAAGGUCUCUUUUAGAGAUAAAGUCAUUGGUGCAGAAAAGUCUAAGGCCUUUGCAUUAGUAGGGUCUUUAUCUGGGGAUGGUAUCGCGACGGUGACAGGUAAGCAGGGUGAUUCUCAUCCCCCAAGUGUCAGUUUUACCAAGGAGGCAAAGAGUUGUCUAGCUGAACCUUACAAGGAAGCCAUCGUGAUCAAGGUGCUGGAUAAGCAUUAUGGCUACACGGCUCUCAUGCAUAAGCUUCGGAUAGUAUGGCGCAUCAAAGGAGGGUUUGAUUUGUUGGAUGUGGGGUUUGGAUAUUUUUUGGCUAAAUUUGAUAUUGCUACGGAUCGUGAGAAAGUCAUUCUUGGUGGCCCGUGGUUGAUAGACGGUCACUAUGUUGCAGUAAAGCCAUGGGAUGUGGAUUUUAGGCCAUGCGAAAAAUCCUUUGGAUCAACGUUGGUAUGGAUUCAAGUCUCGGGACUUCCAAUUUGGUGCUACCAGGAACAAGCAAUGCUGCGAAUUGCUUCUGCAAUAGGGAUUCCGGUGAAAGUAGAUUUGGCUACUAAGCUUGCAGAAAGAGGAAAAUAUGCUCGAGCUUGUGUUCAAAUUAAUCUUGAGUUGCCUGUAAUCAAACAUAUUAUAGUGGAGGGUGUGACUUAUGAAGUGGAGUACGAGAGUUUACCGUUGAUUUGUGCUACUUGUGCACGAUAUGGGCAUGAUAAAUCGUUGUGCAUGGAGAAGGAGUCCUUGGAAGGAAACGAGAAUUCCUUUGGUGAUGAAAAAAAUAAUGAAGCCCCGACACUAGUGCCACACAAUAAUCAUGAGAUUCAACAAGAGGCUGAAUCAGAAGCUCGUGAUUUGGGUGAGAAUCCUCGUAAUUUGGGUGAGAAAUUAGGAGUUGUUAAAGGGAAGGAUGUGGUUACGAAAUCAUUGGCUCCUCACGUGCCUGAUACUCAUGUUAAUGAGGCAUGCAUGGAUGAUGGAGAGGGUUGGCAACAAGUGCUCCGUAAGGGAAAAUUCACAAUGGGCCAGUCAUCAGGUUUGAAGGACCAAGAUGGAAAGCAGCACAAGUUUGGUUCGAGAAGGGUUCCAAGACCCAAUUUGCAUGGUGAUGGAGGUAAAUCAAUUGGCAUUAGGAUGGGGAAGCGAGAAAAACAUGAAAUUGCGCCAUCUCCAUCACGCAAAACUCCUGCACGUCGUGGAAUUUCUCUACGGAAGCGUCCUCGGCCUUCCUCCUUGCAGAACUCGCCAGUUGAUAAAAAUGGUGGCACAAUGGAGGAAACCUUAGUAGAUGGAAGCAUGGCAGGUGCAGUGUCAGGAGGUCCGAAGGUGGCAAUUAUUGAGGAUCUUUUGAAGGGUGUUACUGUUGAGGUUCACUUUGAUAAUUUAAUUUGGAGGUGUAGUGGUAUUUAUGGCAGUCCUCAAUUUAAUAAAAGGGUUCUCCUUUGGGAUUAUCUUGUUGCACAAUCCAUGGUUUUUCAAGGACCUUGGAUUGUUCUUGGUGAUUUUAAUGAAGUCAAAUUUUCUUAUGAAUCUAAGGGCUGUCAGUUUUCUCAUCAAAGAGCAGACAUGUUUGCUACUUCAUUAGGGGAUAGUGGCUUGUUUGAUCUGAAGACUAUUGGGAGGCAGUUUUCUUGGUACAGGAGGGUGAAAAAUUAUGUUGACGUGGCAAAAAAGCUUGAUCGAGUCUGUAUAAAUAAUAGUUGGUUAUCUAUCUUUCCAGAGGCUUAUGCAGAAGUUUUAAAUAGGCUUCAGUCUGAUCAUUGCCCUAUUCUGGUGCGUUGUAAAGGUCGUCCUCAGCCUAAAGGGAAUCGACCUUUCCGAUUUAUUGCUGCUUGGGCUACUCAUCCUGGGUAUAGGGAUAUUGUGAACCAGUCAUGGUGGUCUGGUAAUAGAGGAAUUCAUGGCAAGCUUUCGGAAGUACAGAAGAAUUCACUAGAGUUUAACUCGAAGGUAUUUGGCAACAUUUUUGUUAAGAAAUGUGAAUUAGAGCAGCAGAUUAAUUAUUUACAAAAGCGUUUGGAAGUGGUGGAUAGUAUUUAUUUGCGUCAGAAAGAGCGACAGUUGCUUGAUGAUUAUAAUAAUACUCUAGUGCAAGAAGAGCUCCUAUGGUUCCAAAAGUCCAUAGAGCAGUGGGUAAGGUUCGGGGAUAGGAAUACAAGAUUCUUUCAUAUUCAAACUCUUGCGCGAAGGAAGCAUAAUAAGAUUCAUGGCCUUUUUCUCAAGGAUGGAGUGUGGGAAACUGAUCCAGAGGUUCUGAGUCAAGAAGCAGAGUCUUUCUAUAAAAGCUUAUUCUGUCAUUUGGAUGAUGUUGAUUUGGGUUGCCUUGGUGAUGUGCCUCUUCCUUCUCUAAAUGAGAAAGCUUGCAAUAACCUUACGGCACCAGUUACUAUGGAGGAAGUCAAAGCAGCGGUUUUUCACAUGAACUCUUUUAAAGCUCCGGGUCCUGAUGGGUUUCAAGCUUUCUUUUUCAAAGAAUAUUGGGAGAUCAUUGGUCUUGAUGUUUGGAAGAUGGUUAAGCAGGCAUUCUCCGGUGUUCCUCUUGAUCCGAGAAUGUUGGAGACUCUACUAGUUCUCAUUCCAAAGGUUGAAUCACCGGUAUCUAUGAAAGAUUUCAGGCCGAUUAGUCUCUGCAAUGUAGUUUACAAGAUCAUCACGAAGGUCCUUGUUAAUAGGCUUCGUCCUCAUCUUGCGGAGAUUGUUGGCCCGCUUCAAGGAGGAUUUAUUCCGGGACGAGGAACUCCUGACAACAUCAUUAUUGCCCAAGAAGUCCUCCACUUUAUGAAGAAGACUAAAUCAAAGAAAGGCACACUGACAUUUAAGAUUGAUCUGGAGAAAGCUUAUGACAGAGUUGACUGGAGUCAUCAGGUUGAUUUGGGCUUGUGGGAACCGGUUGCUAUUUCUAGAGGGGGACCAAGAAUAUCCCACUUAAUGUUUGCGGAUGACUUGCUUUUAUUCUGUAAAGCUACAAAGAGACAAGUGCAAAAUGUGAUGUUGGUUUUAGAGACUUUUUGCAAAGCAUAUGGGAUGAAGAUUAAUGUGGAGAAGUCUAAAGCGCUUUGCUCCAAGAAUGUCUCUGCAACAAGGAAAGAGGUUUUCACUGGGAUAUCCUCUAUCAUAUUUGUCCAGGACUUGGGCAAGUAUCUUGGAGUUACCCUUAGCCAUUCUAGGGUGACUCGUUUAGCUUUCAAUGGUGUCCUGGAUAAGAUUCGGAGUAGGCUAGCAAGCUGGAAAGGAAGUUUACUCAAUCGGGCUGGUAGACUUUGCUUGGUUAAUUUUGUUGUCGCUGCUAUUCCCACGUAUCAGAUGCAGGUCUCUAUUUUUCCCAAAGGAAUCAUUAGUAAAUUGGAGUCUAUGAUGAGGAAUUUUCUUUGGAAAGGACAAGUUGAUGGAAGAGGAUUGAAUCUUGUUAGUUGGAAGGUACUGGUUACUCCAAAAAAAUAUGGAGGUUUAGGGAUUAGAGAUCCUUAUUGUGUAAAUAUUGCUCUUCUUGGGAAGCUAGUUUGGACUUUCUUCCAGCAGCCAAACAAGCUAUGGGUCCAAUUGUUGGAUGCCAAAUACCGAUCAUCUCUAUAUGACUGUUUUAGUUAUCCUAAGAACAAGGACUCUCCCAUUUGGAGGUGUCUUUGCAAGGCUUGGGAAGUGUUGAAGGAUGGGUUUGCUUGGUGUAGGGAUUUGAACCAGAAUUUUUGGUUUUCUAGCUGGAGGAAAGAAGGACGGUUAUCUAAUGAGAUCGAUUAUGUUCACAUUUUUUAUUCGAAUCUCCGGAUACAGGAUAUUUGGUCGAUGAACAAGCAGGUCCGGAAGUGUGUUGGUAUUGGAGUGGGUCUUCUGCCAAAGUCUAUAACUCUCGCAAUGGUUACUUGUGGUUGUGAGGCUCUUCCUACUGCAAGUUUUCGCUUUAGAAGAGGGAUGUCGUCAUCGGAUAAGUGUCCAAGAUGUCUUUCUAGCCAGGAAUCGGUUUUACAUUGUAUUCGGGAUUGUCCCAAAGCUCAGCUUGUCUGGCAUAGGUUGGAUAUUUCUUGUCAUCCUUUGGAUUUGAAGAACUGGUUCUUGUAUCAUAGCAGAGAGCAUCCGUUCAAGUUCUUUUCGGGACUUUGGUGGAUAUGGCGUGCAAGGAAUAAUGACAUCUUUAAUCCCGAUGAAACUUGGCCUCCGAAAAAAGUGAUUUGUCUGGCAUUAACUUCAGAAAAAGAGCUUAGGAAUAUCUUUGAAUUACAACGUAUGUCCCUUACCUCUACACUAAAUGGUUUUUGGAAUCCCCCAUCCAUUGGUACUUUUAAGAUUAAUUGUGAUGCUAGUUAUUUUGGUUUGGGUGAUAGUGUUGGUUUUGCUUGUGUUAUUAGAGAUUGUAAUGGGAGCUGGCAAAGGGGGUGUUUGGGAAUGAUUGAGAGUAAUAGUAUUCUUCAAGGAGAAUUGUUUGCUAUUUGGAGAGGAUAUCUCUUAGCUUGGGAUGUGGGUCAACGAGAUGUUAUUUGUGAGACGGAUUGUGUGGAAGCAUUUAAUCUUGUUACUCAAUAUGGUUUUGGGUUUAUUGAUCUACUGGUGCUCAAAAUAAGAGAUAUUAUGCAUUGGAAUUGGCGGGUUGACUUUCGUUUGAUUAUGAGAGAUGCAAACACGGUGGCAGAUACUAUGACAAAGAUGGCGAUGAAGUUACAACUUUCGCAUGUGGAGCUUCUUUCACCUUGGGAGGAGUUUAAGAGUAGUCUUAAACGGGACUGUCCCUCUAUUUAG